AAUAAAUAGAAAUAGAAAGAAAAAAAAACAAAAAACGAAAAACAGAAAGAGCGAGAGGGAAGAACAUAACUAGGGCUCAGAAGUUACAGUUACUUAUCUCACUCUCUCACCCACCCAAUCUCUUUGUCUCUCUGUAAGGAGUGUUAGACUUCUAUAGCUUCCAGGCUGGGGACAUGUCUUCUGAUACUGCAAAGGAAAAUGCAUCUGUAGUUGAUUCAUCAGUGACUGAAUGGAAACAGGAAAUGGGAAAUUCGGAUGACCCAGAGAGCUCAAGUUACAAAGUUAACGAGGAGGGGUAUCCAUCUAGGGCUGAGAAAGCAGGGAACAAUCAUGAGCCACUGGGUAAUUCAACUACUACUAAAAAGGGUAAACUUUAUAAUACUAGAUAUUUUGUCAUUAAGAGUUUGAACCAUCAAAAUAUCCAACUAUCGAUUGAGAAAGGAAUUUGGGCUACUCAAGUCAUGAAUGAACCUAUUCUGGAAGAAGCCUUUCAUAACUCUGAUAAAGUAAUUCUUAUAUUUAGUGUAAACAUGAGUGGUUUCUUCCAAGGGUAUGCGCAAAUGAUGUCUCCUGUUGGGUGGAGGCGAGACAACGUCUGGAGCCAAGGAAUUGGCAAAAGCAAUCCCUGGGGGCGCAGUUUUAAGGUCAAAUGGCUGCAGUUAAAUGACUUGCCUUUUCAAAAGACUCUUCAUCUUAAGAAUCCAUUGAAUGACUACAAACCUGUCAAAAUUAGCAGAGAUUGCCAGGAGUUAUCUCCAGAUAUUGGAGAAGCUCUUUGUGAGCUCCUUGAUGGGAAGAAUGAUGUGGAUGACUCAAUGAGUAGUUUUUACAGGAAUUAUCUUCCUUCAAAAAGGCUUUGUGUAGAGUCUCCAUGUUCUUUAGGGGAUGAAGAGUAUAAUGUGCCACAAACAUAUAUGUCAUGGUCCAGAUCACCCAUGCUUUAUCCUUCGUUGCUGUACCCACAUCAGGCUGAUGCAAAUAGAUUUCAUUUAGCAAGCCAGAGUUCUACAGGGUCUAUUUUUCCAAAAAAUCUUCCUGUCACUACUGGGGCAUCAAAAUUUGAGAGGACAAAACAUUCUCACAUCAAAGGAGACCUUUCCAAUUUACAAGUGGACAUGGAUAUGUCUUCUCAUUUGGAUGUCUGGGGCUUGUCGGCAGAAAGUCCUUUUGCUAGUACCCUGACUGAGGAUGAUUUUCUUGAAAUGUCUUAUGAAGAGUAUCUGGAUGCCCAUAGCAGAAGCGGCAAAAAGUUACCCCUCCCUGUGGCUGGACCAUCUGGGAAAAUGCGGGAGUCUUCAAGAAGCAAAAAGCAUGACGAAAAUUUGUUAAAACUCAAGUUUUACAGCCGACCGGUGUUUCUCACAUAAAAAGACUCAUCAUUCAUCCCAGAAAUAAUCUUCAACUUAGGAAGCUUCUCUUGGGUUCUUUCUCCGGGAUGGUGUUGGUGUUUUCUGUACUUUCGCGAUUUCCUGCAAGCCAAUGACUCGAGAGAAGUCAUUUAUCCUCGUCCCGCUCGGUUGAGACUCCUUAUUUUGCCUUGUUGUAUACAAUUGUACCAUAACAUAACAUCUCAUUACAGGAAUUUUACUGGGGGCUGGUUGCCAACAUGUACAUAAAUUGAGGCAUCACUGGCCCAACUUUCUUUAAAUGUUUCUUAGGUUUUUUCCACCUUUCUCGAUAGAGGCUAGGAAGGUGCCUAUGUUAGGUGGUACAUAGCUAGAUUUUAAUGCAGGAUUCCCUGUAAUUUGGUUGGGCAUGUAACAUCAUCUGAUAGUAAGUGGUGAAGUCGAACUUCCUGUGUUGCCUGGAAUAAGAAUGGAAGAUAUUGGAAUUAA